AUGUCUAAUGCAAAAGAAAGAAAGCAUGCUAAGAAGAUGAGAAACCAGCCCACCAAUGUGACUUUGUCCUCCGGCUUUGUGGCUGACAGAGGGGCGAAACACCUCAAUGGAGGCGGGAAGCCUUUCCGAGCUCAAAAGCCAGAUCCUUCUUCCGGAACGUCACGGCAGCAGCCAGCCAGAAUGGCCCACUACUCACCCCCGAGGCCUGAUGCGAAUGAGCAGUCUUCCUCCAAAGUGACGUUUAAAAAGAAGGGAGGAUGGAAGGCGGGUCCCGAGGGCGCGUCUCAGGAGAUUCCCAAGUACAUCACGGCGUCUACCUUCGCUCAGGCCCGAGCUGCGGAGAUCAGCGCCAUGCUGAAGGCGGUGACUCAGAAGUCCUCCAACUCCCUGGUGUUCCAGACUCUGCCGCGGCACAUGCGACGCAGAGCCAUGAGCCACAACGUCAAGCGCCUCCCGCGGCGGCUGCAGGAGAUCGCGCAGAAGGAGGCAGAGAAGGCAGUGCAUCAGAAGAAAGAGCAUUCGAAAAACAAGUGCCACAAAGCUCGCAGAUGUCACAUCAGCCGGGCGCUGGAGUUCAGCCGCAGACAGAGGAAGAACCGGUGGCUGGAGACGCACAUCUGGCACGCCAAACGGUUCCACAUGGUCAAGCGGUGGGGCUACUGCCUCGGGGAGAGGCCGACGGUCAAGAGCCACAGGGCCUGCUAUCGGGCUAUGACAAACCGCUGCCUCCUUCAGGAUUUAUCCUACUACUGUUGUUUGGAGUUGAAGGGCAAAGAGGAAGAAAUACUAAAGGCACUUUCUCCAAUGUGUAGCAUAGACACAGGCUUGACGUUUGCAGCCGUUCACUGCUUGUCUGGAAAGCGCCAGGGGAGCCUCGUGCUGUACCGGGCGCAUCAGUACCCCCGCGGCAUGCUGGGGCCCGUGUCCUUUCUCUGGAAGGCGGAGAGGACCCCCGGGGACGCCCCCGAGAGCAGGCAGCUGUGGAUCUGGCUCCACCCCACCCUGAAACAGGAUAUUUUAGAGGAAAUCAAAGCCGGGUGCCAGUGUACGGAACCGGUCACAUCAGCUACCUGCCUCCCUGAGCCCCUUCCGACACCCGCCCGAGAGAAAAGCGCAAUGCAGCUGCCCGAUGAGAAGACUGGCAAGAAAAGAAAGCGGAAAGACGACGGAGAAGACACCGCACCGAUUAAAAAGUUUGUUGGGGACGGAACCAGAGACGCCCAUCAGCCCCGAUCUUGGAGCUCCCCAGCCACCGGCAUCGUGAUCAGUGACCUGACGAUGGAGAUCAACAGGUUCCGCCUGAUCGGUCCCCUCUCCCACGCCGUCCUCACCGAGGCCCUGCAAGCUGCCGCCGUCCACACCGAGGGAGAGGACACAGAGAACACUCCUCACCGCUGGUGGAUUGAAGCCUGUAAGAAUCCUGAUCGGGUUUCCCUGCACCACAGACAAGAGGCCGUGUUUGACUUGUUGGGAGGAAUAACAUCACCAGCAGAAAUUCCAGCAGGUACUAUUCUGGGACUGACAGUUGGGGAUCCUCGAAUAAAUUUGCCUCAAAAGAGGUCCCAAGUUUUGCCCAAUCCAGAAAAAUGCCAAGAUAAUGAGGAAGUUAGACAGCUGCGCCUGGAGGGUGUGCCCGCGGAGUGCGCGCACAGCUUUAUUUGGAACCACGCUAUCUGUAAGAGUGUCACAGAGAAUAAAAUGUCGGAUCAGGACUUAAACCGGAAGAGAAGUGAGCUGCUGGUGCCCGGGUCACAGCUGGUUUUAGGUGUCCACGAGUCCAAGAUCCCGCUGCUUCUGGUCCACCAGCCGGGAAGGGUGACCGGCGACGGCCGACGUGGCUGGGGAAGCGGCUGGGACGUGCUGCUUCCCAAGGGCUGGGGCAUGGCUUUCUGGAUCCCGCUCAUCUACCGCGGGGCGAGAGUGGGAGGCUUAAAGGAGACCGCGGUGCAUUCCCAGUAUAAAGGCUCGCCUUCCAUCCCGGGGGACUUCCCAGACUGCUCUGCUGGGACUCGCUUUGCCGAAGAGCAAGCCAAGACUCUGCUUGAAAAGUACGCACGACGCCCUCCUGCAAAACGGCCCAACUACGUGAAGCUGGGCACCCUGGCGCCGUUCCGCCCGCCCUGGGAGCAGUUGACGCGAGACUGGGAGUCGAGAGUCCAGGCCCACGCGGAGCUGUCCGGAGCGUCCUCCCCGAGCGGUGGCAGGAGCGACUCCCUCGCAGACCAGGCGCCCCGUGCUCCCACGCCCGGACGAGUUGCCCGGGGCUCUGGCGGAGGGGGCACGGCCCCGCACGGCUCCCGUGAGCCCGAGGGAGCGAUGGACACGGAGUGCCCGGCCCAGGCCGGCACGGAGCGGGAGCCGGGCCAGGACGCCCGCGGCCCACACUUCUGCGUUGUCAGGAGCAGAGCAGCGCUGAAGCAGCUGUCCGCCUGGUGCCGGCCCGGCUGUGGGGACGGACGGCCGGCCCGGCGAGCUCCCGGCAGGGGCCAGCAGGAGCUGACCCCCAAGGCCCGCCGCUCCCUCCUGGCCCGCUUCCCCCGGGCCCUGGUGUGGGUCAGCCUGGCCCUGCCCGGCAAGGGCAGCCCCGAGCCGCACGCCACGAUCUGCGUCCCGGCCGAGGAGGACCUGCUGCAGCUCCGCCGGGACCGGCUGUACCCCGGGCCCCAGGAGCCCAAGCACAGCGACCCGUUCAAGAGCCAGAUCCGCAGGCAGAGGGAGAGGAGGGGCCGGCGGAAGGGCAGGCGCCUCGGGCCCGCUGCCCCGGAGGAGGGCCUGGCCGAGGGGGACCCUGCCGAGGGGGCCCCGGCCCCUGCUCCGACGCUGGGCCUGUGGCCCGGCCCGCUCCCCGACGUGACCGCUCACUGCUCCCGCGUCCUCCUGGGCUUCGUCACCCAGGGCGACUUCUCCAUGGCCGCGGGCGGCGGGGAGGCCCUGGGCUUGGUCAGCCUGACGGGGCUGCUGGCCAUGCUGUCUGGCCAGGCGGUCGCCGAGCGGGGCCUGGUGCUGCUGCGGCCGCCCGCCUCCCCGCAGUACCGGCUGGCCAGGCUCGCCGUGGAGGUGUGA